ACGCCCCUUAAAUAAAGGGGCGUGGUUUCCAGUAUAUUGCAAUGGCUGACAAGACUAAGUAUGUGUGGUGGGGAGAGAGGCCUGAAGAUGACAUUACCAAGUUGGAUAAUGUGUGGGAAGUAAGAGUGGCUGAAGACAACAGAGUUUACUUUGUGAAUCAUGAGAGCAAAACAACCCAGUGGUCCCAUCCGACUAAUGGCUACCAUUACAGAGUGUCACCAGGUCUUCCUUAUGGUUGGCAAAAGUACAGGGAUGAUGAUAACUCGCUUGUGUAUGUGGAUCAUUUUGGACAAAUUCGAUCACAUGUGGACCCUCGGUUGUUUUCAAAAGUGGUGGAUGACUUUCCCAAGCGAUUUGGUAUUCAAGAUUAUCGUAGUAUUCGCAAUUCGUUUAGUUCUUUAGUCAGAGCGGAUAAAGUGUUGAAGGAUGUGGAUCUCUCUGACAAAGUGGUAAUGAUUACCGGAGGGAACUCAGGAAUUGGUUACCGAACAGCCCUCGCUAUGGUUAAAAGUGGUGCUCAUGUGAUUAUCGCUAGCAGAAAUGAGAUUAAGGCCAACAACGCGAUCACAAAGUUGAAUAAGGCUCAUAAAAAUGCCCAAGUUGAGUUUAUGAAGGUUGACCUGGGGUCUCUGCACUCAGUGAAAGAGUUGGCCAAAGCGUUCAUUUCCAGAGAGUUACCGCUGCAUAUUCUAGUCUGCAAUGCUGGCGUGUUUGGUGGGCCUCUGAGUAAAACUGUUGAUGGGCUGGAGCAGCAUUUUGCUGUGAACCAUCUCGGCCAUUUCUACCUUGCCAACCUCCUCACCCCAGUGCUGAAGCGGUCAAAGCCUUCUCGUGUUGUGGUUGUCACCUCAGAGUCACACUGGUACCCUUCAUAUAACUCGUCACAGCUAGAUCUACAGUUCUUGCAGCACCCUACAACGAAAAAGUACAGUGCUAUUACAGCAUACGGGGCCUCGAAACUUUGCAACCUCCUAUUUACACUGGAAUACCAUAGAAGGAAUGUCGAGGAUGGAAUUUCCUGCAAUGCUGUACACCCUGGAAACCUGUUGCCAACUGGCCUAUCCUGUAAUGCAGGAUACCUUUAUCAAGCUGCGUUUACUGCUGCUAGACUUUUUACAAAAUCCGUGGAUCAGGCAGCUUCAACGAUAGUGUACUGUGCUGCUCAUCCAAGUAUGAAUGAUAUCAGUGGAAUGUACAUGAGUGACUGCUGGCCAGUGGAGCCUUCUGGUGAGGCUCAGGAUUCUAACACUGCGGUAGCUCUCUGGGAACUUAGUGAACAGAUUAUUGCACAACAAAACACAGACUAAAUGAUGUGGAUUAUGUAGUAUUAUGCUAGUUUGUGUUUAAUAUUCUUAUGUUUAAGGUGCUAAAAUUGUUGCAAGGUGUGA